UUCACCAGGUCAGUCAGACGGGCGGGUCGCUUCAUAACUCCGAUCAGAUUUCUUGACGCCGCCCAUGAAUUUAGUGCCCCUGUAAUAAAACCAAACUCACAGACUUUAAUCGGUUUACUGUGACAGCCAAUCAGCGCCUCUCUGCUCCAGCUUCUUGCGCUCCGGACCAAUCAGCAGCGAGCAGCUCUUUGUUGUUGCUGCUGCGGGCCGCGGCAGGACGCGGACGGCCAGCGAGCUGCGGGGUGUCGCUGCGGUUUGUCCCGGAUCACCGACGGGUUUCUCGCCAGUUUGGCUUUCUGACAGGCGGAAGCGCCAUGUCGGUGAACAUGGAGGAGCUGAGGCACCAGGUGAUGAUCAACCAGUUCGUGUUGGCGGCCGGAUGCACCGCCGAUCAGGCCAAGCAGCUCCUCCAGGCGGCCCACUGGCAGUUCGAGAUGGCGCUAAGCUCCUUCUUCCAGGAGGCCAACGUUCCGGGUCAGCACCAGAUGACGGUGACGCCCAGGAACACGCCGGCCACGCCCCCUAACUUCCCGGACGCCAUCGCCAUGUUUUCCAGGCUGCGGGCGUCAGACUGCCCCCCCACGCCCCUCCCCCAUGUGGGCCGCCUCCCCACCCCCCCACCCGCCCCCCUGGCUGCGUCCCCCCUCACCCACAGGUCACCAUCAAGGUCACCUCCACCUGCACCGCCGCCCGGCGGCCCCCAGCAGCCGGCCGCCAUGUUGGCACUCCACGGCCCGAGAUGAGGAGCGGGUCGGUUCUGGUCGGGUCGGUCUCUGCUAGAUGGAAACCAGGAACCAUGGAUUCAUGGAAAGUCCUGCAGGUUCUGUGAGGAUUCUGACCCGGCCCGCUGGACUCAGAACCCAGAGCCAUGAGGUCAGAAUAUCAGGCACCAGGUCCGAGUCCGGCCGGGUUCUGCCUGGAGGUAAACUGACCCGGUUCUGCUUCAAAUUGAUUUUUAUUUCCGGUUUUUUUCCAGACUUUAAACUUUCUGAAAGCGGAUCCAUCAGAACCCGACCCGGUUCUGCUGUCCUGGACCCGGGUGGGACCCGGAACCAAACCUUUGUUCGCUCAACGACUGGGAGCCGUUUGGGUCCAGAUGUUCAGAACCGCUCCGGUUCUCCUCCAUGCUGAAUGUUGGCCAUGACGGAGUCAGAGGUCAGAGGUCAGAGGAAGGCUCCUGAGACGCUGAACCUCUGAGUUUCCUGAAUGUUUUUCUGCUGCACACAGAACCAGAACUACAACCAGAACCAGUACCAGAACACUCCUCCUUCACAGCUCGUUUCUGUUCCGGUUGAUUUUUCACUUCCAGGUCAAACUGGACUCCGACCGGAACCGACCCGCAAAUCCUCAGAAUCUCUUUAGGCUAAAUUCCAGAACCGGGUCACGGAACUGGGUCACGGCUUCUUUAAUGGGAGAUUUUAUCAAUAAAUCAGAAUUUUUUUCAUCUUUGCUUCCAGAUCUAAAAAAAUGUCCAAUUUCAUUUAAAGUUAAAGAACCAGAACCAGAACCGGUUUGGUUCUGGUUCUGGUUCUGGUCCGGAUGUUUGGCCCUUUAAAUGAUGCCAGGGUUCUACGGGUUGGUGAACAUGAACAUUUUCAGGUUUUAGUUUCCGGGUCGGGUCAAACCUCCUGAACCCACUUGGUUCUGUCGCUAUGGAGACGAAUUGAUCUAAACCUUUAUUUAGCUUGGACCUCCUGAGUUUCUGUACUUUUAAUUCUGCUGUUGGACUUUAUAUGUUUAAUGAAAGACAUUCUGAUCUGGUGUGAAGAACCAUCCGGGCCGGAACCAGAACCAUCCGGGCCGGGUUAUCUCUGGUCUGGAGCGUCAAAGAGAAACUUUAUGGUGGAUUUUUAUAAGAUUUAAAAACUUCCAAUGUUUCUAGGAAACUGUUUGAUCUCUGACAAAAGAAAAGCUUAGCAAUAAAGUUUUAGAAAAUACAAACAUUUGAGCUGGAUCUGUGAAAUAAAAAAUGGUUACAAUGUAUGGAGCCACGUAGUUAGCUUUCAAAGCGCUAGCGUGUAGUUAGCUUUCAAAGCGCUAGCGUGUAGUUAGCUUUCAAAGCGCUAGCGUGUAGUUAGCUUUCAAAGCGCUAGCGUGUAGUUAGCUUUCAAAGCGCUAGCGUGUAGUUAGCUUUCAAAGCGCUAGCAUGUAGUUAGCUUUCAAAAGGAUAUUUUUGCUCUGAUAAAUGCUAGCAAACAUCUUAGCAUAAUGAAACAGGAAAACAUGGCCGCCACUGGCAUGGAAGGUGGUCUUCAGUUUUAUUCAUUUCGGAAAGUUGGAACCUGGGAGGAAGUUCUGAAAUGUCGCUUCAUAAAGAAGAAUCUCUGUUCUUUAUGAAGCGUUCGGGUUCACUCCAUCUGAACAUGAAUGACUUCAUAUUCAUGUUAGGUUUUUAAAAAACUUCUUUUUCCAGGGUGGAAAUUCACCAAGAUUAAUAAUUUCUUUCACACAGAUGUGUUGGCCAGGAAAAAUACUCUGUCUCAGUCAAGAUGAAACAAAGAGAACCCGGGUUCAGGUCCAGGUCCAGGAUUUUGUGGAUCAGAACACAAAUUAGAUCUUUAUUCUGGCCUCAGGUAUUAAAACUAAAACUUGGCGUUCAGACAAACUUGGAAAAGUGCAGCGCACAGAAAAGUUCAGCUGUAUGAAGCCGUGCGUACGCUCACACCGCCGCACCUUUCCUUUACACAUCACAGUUUAUGGGGGAAUUUUCCUGCCAGACUUCCAGAGCACAUUUUCAUUUUGAAAGCAGGAUUUCAUGUCUCGUUACUCCAAACUUCUGCUCUUUCAAAUAUUCACUCUGCUUCUCUAACUUUUCUCCUUCCACUCAAAACUUUCUGCUUGCUAGCGAAACAUUUUCUGCUUAAGUUCUGUCGCCUGGCAACCUCUCAGCCAAUAGGGUUCAGGUCACUUUAUUUUGGUAAAUGAUCAACAUUAAACACAGGAAACAAAAAAAUGACAAUAAACAAACCCAUCAUUUUUCCUGGAGCCAAAACUUAUACUUGCCUGUCGUCAUAAAAGAUAUCUUCUAUCCUAGAUAUACAUACAUGUACACACAAUGCAUAUAUAUCUAUCUAUAUAUAUAGGUAGAUAUAUGUAUAUAUAUAUAUAGUACAGGUCACAGGUUCCUGACGAUAUAUGUAUACAUUAUCUCCAAUGUUUAUAUAUAUAUGCAAUAUCUUUAAACUUUAAAGUAUUAAUUUGAAUAAAGAAUUUUAGUCGGUUCAUGAUAUCCCACUUUAUUAAUAAGCCUUAUAGCUUUUUUUUGCAGCUUAACUAAAAUAUCAAUGUUUUUUUAACUUGCAUUCUCUCAGAUUUCUGAGACAAAUAAGGCAAAGCCAGAGGAAAAUAUGAUAUGCAAGGCUUUAGCAUUUAUUAAAUCUUAUAUUUUAAACAAUAUUUCCAUAGUUUUUGCAACUUUAUUUCUAAUAUAUUCAAUAUGAGACAAACUGAAUUUGUUGUCUAUAAUAAUCCCUAAAAAUGUCUCAUAAACUCGAUGACUUUCAACUUUACAUUAUUAUAGAUCCGAUUAAAAGAGAAAGCAUAAACUUAGUUUUUUCUUCAUUUACUGAUAACUUAUUGUAAUCUAACCACAUUUUCAUUAUUUCAUCCAUAUUUUUUUCCAGAAAAAAAUUAAUUUGUAUCGUCAAACAUAGACUUCAAAAUACUGGACACUGAAAAAUAUGGUUUAAAUAAAGUAUAAAUCAUUUACUGAGCCUUGAGGAAAACCUUUUACUGUUUCAGUUUGACUUUAUUAAUCUGUACAUAUUGUAAUCUAUUACUCUAGUAACUAUUGAACCACUGAUAAGAAACUGUACAGGUCACAGGUUCCUGACGAUAAGCUCUAAUGAUCUAUAAGCUCUAGAUCUAUAAACUCUACAUUAAUAACUAGACCUAUAAACUCUAGAUCAUCUUGUUGAGUUUAUUAUUUUAUUUAAAAGUUUUUAUGAAUAUUUUUCCAAUAUUUCAGUGAAUCCUGGUUUCCGUGACGACGGCCUGCAGUCUGUGAAUCUUUGUUUGUCUCCAGUUUAAUGAAAAAACUUUUGCUGGUUUCAUUUUGUCAGAAAAGUUUCAGUCAAAACAAUUUGUUACAAAUAAAGAUGAAAGGUUUAAUAAUAUUAUAAAUGAUCUCUUUCAUGAUAUCAAUAUCGUUACAAUCUCUGGAUUUCUUAUUUUUUAACUACGUCUCAGGAACAUUGUAUGAAUAUUAUUAAUAUUAUUAAAUGUAUAAUUGUGUGGCAGUUCGUUUACUAAAUUAGAACCAAUAUUAACAAACUACUGAUCAAAGGUUUCAACAAUUUCCUCUUUAUUUUCCACUUGUUAUAUUUAAUACAUAUUGGGAAAUCUCUCUCUUUAUUGUUUUUAAUACUAUUAAUUAUAUUCCAACUAACUUAAUAUCACUGCUGUGUUUUGCAGCAGCAUAGAAUAAUUCUGUUUUGCUUUCUCAGCACUGAUGUUAACUUAUUUUUAUGUAUUUUAUAUUUUUCCUGAGUUUGGCUCCUGAUGAAAUCGAUCGAUCUAUUUCUGAUGUUUGUUCUUUUAGGGGAUAAUAAUGAUUAUAAAUUCUUACAAAUAUUUCCAAAGCCGUAUUAUAUGACUGGUUAACAUCAUCAACAUGAACAUUUGGCCAAUUAUAGUUUAAUAAUUCUGCUUUCAUUACUUAUUCAUGUAGAUAUUAACAUGAAUGGACAGAAACCUAAACCAAACACUGUUUUAUAAAUUCUGUUGUUUUAGUAUUCUCGUUAUAUUUCAGCAAAUCAAUGUGAAAAUCUCCACAAAUAAAAGUUAACUUUUGUUUGUGCCUUG